CAACGAUUAUUGUUGGACCAUAUUUACAAAUUUGCCACCACACUGGCACACUCGUUUGCAUUUCCCGCUUUGCCCCCAGAGGCUGGUAGCCUGGGACCCCCUAAUCUUUCCCUUCCUCUAAGCAUCCAUCGCGGGAGUGCGUCCUUCUGCAGCAAUGGCGUCCACGCCUUCAACAGAGACUAAACCUUUCUCUGUUCUUUUCGUCUGUCUCGGCAACAUCUGCAGAAGCCCCGCUGCGGAGGCCGUCUUCAGAGAUAUCGUCAAGAAACGAGGGAUCGAUUCCAAAUUCAACAUCGACUCUGCCGGUACAAUCAACUACCAUGAGGGUAACCAAGCGGAUCCACGGAUGAGGGCAGCCUCCAAAAGGCGUGGGAUUGAGAUAACUUCCAUCUCGAGGCCGAUAAGGCCAUCUGAUUUAAGAGACUUCGAUCUUAUUCUUGCCAUGGAUAAGCAAAACAGAGAGGAUAUAUUAAAGGCAUUUAAUAGGAGGAAAUCCAAGGAACCUCUUCCAGAUGAUGCUAAUAAGAAGGUUAGGUUAAUGUGUUCCUACUGUAAGAAGCAUGAUGAAACCGAAGUUCCUGAUCCUUACUAUGGGGGACCUCAAGGUUUUGAGAAGUGGAAAUUCAUUAAACAAGAAAAGGAUGAGUAUACAAUAGGUUCAGAACAUCAGAAGGAAAACAGCCAACCUACUCCCCUUUUACUGACCAAGACAUGAUGGGCAGAUCAUGGGCCUGUUGAUUACAAGUUCUGCUAAUGAAUGACCAAACCACCGAAUCUAAAAACAGAGACUUCUCUCUAAUAUCAUGCAACAUUUGACUAUUUAAGGAAGGAGUGGAUGGAAUAUCAGGUUCCAUCUCAGAUCCCCAGGUCGCUGUAAUGUGUUAUUUUCUGAUGUUUUAUUAUCUCAAUAUCAAGCGACUAAUCCAUUUCUGUCAAUCUAUAAGCACAUGGCACCUACUUGGUUGAAAUUGUGAAUGUUGCAAAGCUCAUGUUGCGUAGGUAGAUUGUGGAAAAUAAAUAAAUAAAUAAAUUUGUACUUGUAAGUGUGCUUCUUGCACAAGACCUUGUUAUCCCUGUGCACCAUCAUCAUAUGCCUGAAUAUGAAAAUAUGCCCUUGGCUUGGAGUACUAGUUUGAAACUUCGAAUAACGAUAAAACUGAUGUAAUUCAUAGGAGCAUUAUAUACUUGUAGGCUUGUGCUGCUGUACCUGGUUCCUUUUGAAAGACUUGUUUAUUAUCUUUUUUUUUUAUCAGCAAAAAAUUUUCAUUAAUAACAGAGAAAUUCAGUUACAAUAGAUAAAGAUUGCAGAGGGACAUUCAUCUAAACUGCAAUCUCCAGCAUCUAGUUACAAUUCUGCCCAGUACAAUGAAGAUCUAUUUGUCCCUUGUUUUGCUAGGGUAUCCACCAUCCCAUUUGCAUCCCAUUUGACCCAACCAAAACGACUUGUUUAUUAUCUUUUCGAUCCAAAAUUACAGUAAGACCUAUUACCUAUGUAAGACAACCCUAGGACAAGAAGGUUAUUACAAUAAACCCCAUGUAAGCUUGAGCUGCUCCAAUGUUCUCCAUCCAAUUAGGUUAACCAUUUUCCCCGCAGUUAUCCUACCAAGCCAGUUCAGGUUAUUAUUAUAAUUUGACCUUAGAUUUAAUAAUUUGAACUAAUUCUUCGCCUUCUUAAGCAAUUUUCUCCACUAUGCUUUUUAAUAUGAUAGAUUUUAGUGAAGAGAAAAGAUGGGGGAAUGAUUUAAACAGACCCAUUAGCCCGAAGGUUUAUGCCAAUAGGUGGGGUUAAAUAAGAUUGAGUGGUGCCUGAAGUCUAUAGUUUUAGAACCAUUAUUGCAAACCCCACUUGAAAGCAUUCAAGUUAGUACAAGCCUCACGUGACAUUUAAAAAAUGGUUGCAUAAGCUCAAAUUAGAUUCCAUGGAGACAUGUUUCAAUGGCUGGCAACUUUUGCAAUGUUUCACAGAAGAGAUUUUGUUUCUGGUCUAUCUAUAUGGGAAGUCAAGCAGUCGUUGUAUAAUAAUUGAGAGAUGACAGUAAAAGGGUGAAAAAAGUAACAACACAAAAGGGCAUUGCCCAACGUUGGUCCCCCAUCUAGGUUCUUGGGAGGGAUGGACUAGAUGCGGACCUGACCUUUGGCAUUUUUUAGCACAAAGUGGCUGCUCUCAGAUUCGAACCCUUGUUCUCAUGCCUGUCAGCCUGAGAUUGUUAUUAUCAUUGUUAUAUUUUUUGCAAGCAUGCAAUUUUAUUUGUGUUACUUAGAGAUCCUUUGGAAUAACAUAAAUAGAGUAAAAUCGGUUCUUUUGGUAAUGGCCAAAUAGAGCAAUGCAUGCAAUAUUGUUAUUAUUUUUUUCCAACUUAUUUAUGCUUUUUUGACAAGUAUGCAAUUUUGUUUAUGUUACUUAGAAAUCCAUUGGAAGAACAUAAAUAGAGUAAAAUCAGAUUUUAUAGUGAUAGCUCCUGGACAAGUUUUAUGAGUUUUAUUCUAAAUUGGUUGUCUUUCAUAUUAGCAAUUUCACUUCUACUGUUUUAUUCGUCAUGCCAUUAAUACUCAAACAAUUUACUUCCAAUUUGUGGUGU